AUGAAACGUGUGCUGUUUUUUCUUCUCUUGGUGCUGAGCGUUACUUGUGUGGGUGCUGUGGCUGGUGUGGAGGCUGCAGAGCAGACUCUUCAAGAAGCUGGUGCUCUUGAAACGCGUUCUGCUGGUGUUGGUGCUGUUGGUGAUGAAGCUUGUCCUUCAGAGACGACUGGUCCACAGUGUAAUAAGAGCACUAGGGGAUCUGAAGAUUCUCGUAAUCAUGAUUGUACGAAAUCUACAGAGGAAAACAAAUGCAUAACUGAGGGUAGUGACACUCAAGAACAUUGCACUCCUACUACUGAGUCUCCUUGUCCGAAGGAACCAGCGCCAACUACACCGAAAGCGCCUGGUCUUAAUGAAAGGGGUUCUACUGAGGACGUCGGACCAGAUACAGUAUCUGGUGGUCCUACAGGUGAAAGAGGUGCAGUUGGCAGUGAGCAGGGUUCUGGCACUCAUUCUGGUAGUGAACCCGGCUCUUCUUCUGCACCUCCUACUGUAUCUCCUCCAUCUCAAUCUACGACUAAUGAGGAGAGAAGAGAAACAUCUCCAAGUGGCCCUCAAACUGGAAACAGCGGCGGCAGUACAACAGAAGAGAGUAGAGCUAACCAGGGAGGUGAUGCAACACAACCCACUUCUUCUUCACCCAACAAUUCAGCCACAGCGAGUGACGGUGAAAGUGGUGUUGAGAGUGAUGGUACAACGGCUGCGAAUGGCAGUAAACCUACAGAGAGUGAAUCACCAAGUACCCAAGAAGGUGUUGCAGAUAAUACAGAAAACACCACCACCACCACAACAACAACAACAACACUUCCUCCUGAACUCACAAACAACAAGAAGGGUGAUGCAGACAGCAGCAGCAGUAUCAGCAGUUCUGUGUGGGUGCGUGUACCACUACUGAUUGUGGUUACACUGGCCUGUAUUCUUGUGUGCUGA